GGGGAUAAGCAACCGGAAGACAUAGGCCGCGAGUACUUUUCUGAUCUGCUAUCAAGGUCAUUUUUUCAACAGUCGAAUAAUAACAAAUCGCUGUUCGUAAUGCAUGACCUCAUUAUUGAUCUUGCCCAAUCUGUUGCCGGGGACUUGUGUUUUAACAUGGAGCAUGAAGUGCAGAUUGAUGAUGGCCAACAUUCUUUUGAAAAGGCUCGCCAUGUCUCAUUCAUUCGUCAUCAAUAUAACGUCUCACAGAGGUUUGAAAUCUUUAGCAAAAGAAAGGAUGUAAGGUCAUUCCUAGCAUUGCCUAUAUUACAUCAGAGAGACUAUUGCUAUCUAAGUAGUAAGGUAUUACACCAAUUGCUGCCAAAACUAAAACGCUUAAGAGUGUUAUCCUUGAGUGGCUAUUUCAUUGGAGACCUAUCGAAUUCGAUCGGUUAUCUGAAGCAUCUGCGGUACCUUAAUUUGUCUAGAAGUGCAAUAAGAUUGCUCCCUGAGUCAGUUGGUAAUCUUCACCACUUACAAAUAUUAAUACUAAAACACUGCAGAGAACUUACUGCUUUGCCUGUUGGAACCAGUAGAUUGAUUAAAUUGCGUCGUCUUGACAUCAGUGAUACUCCCAAGCUACAAGAGAUGCCAUCAGGACUAGGGAAUUUGAAUAGUCUCCGGGUACUGCCCAAAUUUAUCAUCGGGAAAGCUGGUGGGCUGACAUUAAGAGACUUAAAGAAUUUGUCUCUUCAAGGUCAGCUCUCCAUUCUAAGGCUGCAGAACGUGGUGGAUAUUCAAGAUGCAAGGGUUGCCAAUCUAAAGCAAAAGCUUGAUUUGAAGGAGUUAGCCCUGGAAUGGAGCAAUGAUUUAAAUCUCUCUAGAAACGGACCCAACCAAUUGCAGGUCCUUGAGUCACUGUGCCCUCCAAAAGAUCUACAGCGGCUUUCUAUUUCAAAUUAUGGAGCUGGAGAGUUCCCUUAUUGGGUUGGGAAUCCUUCUUUUGCUAAAAUAGAACAUCUAGACCUCUCUGAUUGUAUAAAUUGCACAUCAUUGCCAUCACUCGGGCGACUACCUUUGCUCAGAAAGUUGAAUAUAAAAGGCAUGCAUGCGGUGACAAGUUUGGGCCCUGAAUUUUACGGGAAGGGUUUUCCUUUUGUUAAGGCUUUUCCAUCUUUGGAGUUCUUGAGGUUCGAGAACAUGAAAGAAUGGAAGAAAUGGAUUUCAUCUGUUGGUAAUGUUGAACUUUUCCCUCUUCUUCGUGAGCUUGUACUGCACAACUGUCCUAAGUUGACUGGAAACUUACCUAGAAACCUUUGUUCUCUGGUAAAACUAGAUGUUCAAAUGUGCCCAGUGUUAACAAAUUCACCUUUAAGCUUCCCAUGCUUAGGUGAAUUGAAUGUUGCGGACAGUAGUGACGCAAUCCUUAAAGGUAUGGUUGAUCACAGCUCCAUCACCAAAUUGAAAUUGGAGAGAAUUUCCGGCCUUGCCUGCUUAACUGAAGAGCUUACAAAGGCCUUGGUGAAACUUGAAGUUCUAGAGAUUGAAGGUUGCAGUGAACUUACCUGUUUCUGGUGGAAUGGAUCAGAAUCAGAAAAACUGCCUCGGCUAAAGAGUUUAGUACUAAAGAAUUGUCCCGAGCUUGUAUCCUUGGUCGGAGAAAAGCAAGGGCUAUGCCGCUUCUCAUCUCUUAAAGAUCUCAGAAUUGAAAGCUGCCAAAAAUUUGUUUGCUUUCCAGCGAUGGGCUUGCCCUAUACACUAGAGUGCCUUACAAUCCAUGACUGUGAGGCUCUGGAGUCAUUGCCUGAUACGUUCAGGAUGAAAGACUGCAACAACCCCUAUUGCCUUCUUGAAGAGUUGGAGAUUGUAAGAUGCCCUUCUCUUAAAUCCGUCCCAAAUGGCAAGUUGCCCUUGACACUCAAGAGGUUGAGUAUAGUAAACUGCAACAAUCUACAGUUUCUUCCGGAUGACAAUUGGAAUAGCGCAUCUCGUCUUCAAUAUUUGUGUAUAGAAGAUUGUCUUGCUUUGGAAUCCUUCCUGGAAAGUGGGUUGUCAAUCCCCAAUCUUGAAACUCUCCACAUAUCCAACUGUUCGAAUCUCAGGUCCCUGCCAAAGCAGAUGCAGAACGUCACAUCCCUUCGGAAACUGAGUUUGUCUGUCUGCAUGGCUCUCGAAUCCACUCCACCUGGUGGUUUGCCACCCUACAUAACUUCACUCGAGCUCCGUAACUGUAUAAACCUGAAGAAGCCGAUGUCAGUGUGGGGCCUGGACAAACUCAACUGUCUUACGGAAAUCAAAAUUGCUGGUACAUGCCCUGCUGCAGACAUGGUUUCCUUUCCAGAUGAAGAGGGCGUAAUGCUUCCUUCAACUCUGACCGAUCUUCGCAUGGAAAGCCUCCAGAAUUUGGAAUCUCUGUCGAGGGGACUCGAAAGCCUCACAGCUCUCGAACAGUUACACAUUAAAGACUGCCGCAAGCUUCGAUACCUACCAAAGACAGGCCUGCCAGCCUCACUUGGACGACUAUGCAUCUCUGGCUGUCCUGUUUUACAAGACAAGUGCAAAAAAGACAGAGGAGAAUACUGGCCCAUGAUAUCCAACAUCCCUUGCCUUGAAAUAGACUGAAAAAGCUAUGCCGAAUCAGAAUUGAGAGAGGAAGUUUGCUGAACAGGUUACAGUCAAAGAUGGUUGAACUGCAAUACAGUAACCAAGUUGGAGAUGAUCAUGCUUCAAUUUGCCAAUGAGGCAGUUGGGAACUUACACUGAACAAUGAAGAUCACAUAACAAACUGGUUUUGGACGAUAUUGCAAUAGCUUGUGGGAAGAGACAGAAAUUGAUACGCCCGCAAUAAUCUUCUUCCUAGCAUGCUCCUUGAGCACAUUUUUUUUCUUUUCCUUUCUUCUCAAGGGAUAUAAUGGUGUAACAGUGUGCCCAUCUGAGUUAAAUGCACCAAUGGUCACAGAAUUGGUGAUAUAAUUUACUUCUUAUCUUCUUUCUUCCAAAUUGCACAGCAGUAAAACAUAUUAAUAAAUCACAAUGCUAAGUCAAGAGGCACAAGAGU